CUCCGCUUCCUUCACCUCAUGCCACUGUCCCUGAGACACCACGAGUCCCUACACGAGUCUCUACGAUGUGUUGUUGGCAUCCCAGCUCGCAACUGCAAAUUCCGGUCCGCUUGAACCAAUGACUGGUAGCGAGAAACAACGUCGACGUCUACAUACAUACCAACAAGCAACCUAUUGUGAAUGAAUUGUAGCAUCAUCGAGCAAUAAACCUUCCUUCUGAGCCCAAUGCAGCCGAUCACACCUCAACAGCCCGGCAAGGCGCUGCCGGCGUGCAGGACCGAAGCCAGAGAUGAUGGCGCAGGCGCCAAAGUCGAACGUUCGGGUGCUGUCAGAGCGCCUUUUCGCCCAUCUAGCUCGCCUUAUGUCGGCUCGGCACAGCCCCUGACUCAAACAGAGAGAGCUGCUGCUGACCGCGCCAGACCGUGGCCUGGUAUAAUCGCAUCUAUCAGGGCUUUCUUCCGAAGGCCCGACGAAGAUCAAGUCAACAGUAACUCAACCAACGGUCAUGGAGACAUAACUACCGUGACGCCAUGCGCCCAGCGGACUGUCGCGCGCUGUGAUCUGGAUGCCCGGUCAGCACGCGACAACGCAGCAGCGGACGUGGACAGCACAGUGGAUGAUGCGACAGCUGGUGCUACAUCCCCACGUUCUGGCGCUACGUCAACUUCGGGAUGGCUGAUGGAAAAUCGUGGUUUGCGUGAUACGAGCACGCUUGCGAGGGGUGAUAUGCCAGUCAUAGAAGCCCCUGGCGACCAAGUGAACGAUUCCAGGUCUCCGCCAACAGAGACUGCUGGGAGCAGACAUGUAGUCGACGCGGGCAGCGAGGAUGUGUCUAUUGACGCACACGGCCUCCUCAUCUUCGACAAGAUUGUUGGUCAUCGUCGAGACCCCCAGACCCAGACGAUAUUUCACAUGCGCGUGCGCUGGAGAAACGGCGCUCUGACAUGGGAACCGGAAGCGAGUAUACGAUAAUGUGCUGGUCAACACCUGCUUUCCUACUGGGAUGGUGUGAAGGGCAUGCGAGAGGGUGCCAUGGCGGAGAGCUCGCAGCGCAUUCCAGAGGUCAUUCCAGAGGUUGAGAAGCACAUGACAACGACCGCAAGCAUCGUAACACUGGAUCUGUGUUGGAUCGCGUCGCUUGAGUGGCCACGGGAGCCUCAAAGUGAUGUGCCA